AUGGCUGCACCGACCAAGUUCAGCUUCUCCGUGAGGAGCAUCCUGAACCUGCCCGAGCUGGAGACGGUUCCCGGCUACUCCUCCUGCUCCUCCAGCUCGCCCUACUCCUCCUGGAUGGACUGCGACCGGAGCCCCUGCAUAUCCUCGGAUGAAGGCAGCCUCGAGGCCUCCCCGGACUCCACCAAGCCGGACGACUCGUCCCUGGACUCGGAGCCCGGCAAGAGCAAGAAGAGCAAGAAGCGGCGGGUUCUGUUCUCCAAGGGCCAGACCCUGGAGCUGGAGAGGCGCUUCCGCCAGCAGCGCUACCUGUCCGGCCCGGAGAGGGAGCAGCUGGCCCGGCUCCUCAGCCUGACCCCGACCCAGGUGAAGAUCUGGUUCCAGAACCACCGCUACAAGAUGAAGAGAGGCCGCGCGGAGCUCCUCCACGACGCGGCGAUGGCGCAGCAUCCCCCGGUGCUGCGCAGGCUCGUGGUCCCGAUCCUGGUGCGGGACGGGAAACCUUUCCACACCUGCUUACUGGACACGGAGAAACCCGGGUGUUUACCCCACUCCUUCCCCUUGGCCUACCCGGCUCUGCAGCACCCUUCCCCGCUCGCUCUCCCUCCCAGGUACCAGCACUUUCCCACCGCGGCGGCCUCCAGAUUCGCCUGGAGAGACUUUUGGAGCGACUCUGUUCACUUUAACUCUUUCAAAUGA